UAAAACGUCAUACGUUUGUUUGACAUGAGUGGCCCCAGUGCAAGCAAUUGUAAAACAAUUAGUUGUAGGAAUUUAAUAAACAUCAGGGACUACGUAUUUGCAGCAGCGCUUUAACUGUUUCAUUUUAUUUACAUAGAUUUGUAAUUAUUGCUGACAACACUGUUGUCAGUUUUGAAUAAAAUUCAAGUUAAAUGCAAUUUAUGUUCUUUUAGCCAAUUCGCCUAACAAAAUGCGUCGCAGUUUGGCUCCCAGUCAACAGAACUCAGGAAACCUGAAAUCAAGUUUUAAUUUCGUCACUCCGUUUCAAAACAAACGCAAACGCACUUGUAAACAGGAGCCAUUAUUAUCAAAAAACCAAUCGCAACUUUCGUCAUUACCUCUAAGUGAUUAUGAAAAAGCUGUAGCCAGCAUUCUAGCCAGACCAUUUAGAGUGCCCAUAGCUAACUAUGUUCCUGAAUACAACAGCGGUAAUCGCAGUUUGGGCUUACGACGCGCAACAAUACGUAAAUCGUUACAUGAUCCACUAGCUUGUAAUGCAUUGGUGCUAAGCACACCGCCUAAUUACACAGAACAUGAACGCUUAACCAUAGAUCCUCAAAAAAUUUUAGUGCAUGUAGUAGUGGAUCCCAUAUUAAGUAACAUAUUACGCCCUCAUCAACGAGAGGGAGUCCGUUUUAUGUAUGAAUGCGUCGAGGGUAAGAAAGGUUCAUUUAAUGGAUGUAUUAUGGCCGAUGAAAUGGGAUUGGGAAAAACGUUGCAGUGUGUUACUUUAGUUUGGACCCUGUUAAGACAAAGCCCGGAUUGUAGACCUACGAUUACAAAAGCUAUAAUUGUUUGCCCGUCGUCUUUAGUAAAGAACUGGGAAAAGGAAUUCCAAAAAUGGCUACAAGGACGUAUGCACUGUUUAGCCAUGGAAGGUGGCGCCAAAGAUGAUACGAUACGUUCUUUAGAACAAUUUGCUUACAACACAAAUAAUCGCGGAACUCCAGUUCUCAUAAUAAGUUAUGAAACCUUUCGUAUAUAUGCCGAAAUUCUUUGUCGUAACGAAAUUGGUUUAGUAAUUUGCGAUGAAGGUCACCGCUUAAAAAACAGCGACAAUCUUACAUAUCAAGCUUUAAUGGGAUUGAAAACUAAACGGCGCGUUCUCCUUUCUGGAACGCCUAUACAAAAUGAUCUUACCGAAUACUUCAGCUUAAUAAACUUUGUAAAUCCAUGUAUGUUGGGUACGGCUGUAGAAUUUAAACGUAAUUAUGAAAAUGUAAUAUUGAGAGGGCAAAAUUCCGAUUCCACCGACAAAGAACGCGAACGUGCGGUUGAAAAGACACAGCAAUUAAUUGCUAUAGUUAAUCAAUGCAUUAUAAGACGUACCAAUCAGAUUCUAACCAAAUACCUACCGAUGAAAUUUGAAAUGGUGAUAUGUGUAAAAUUGACGGCCGUCCAGGUGGCAUUGUACACGAAUUUUCUGAAAUCCGAAAAAAUAAAAACAAGUUUACAAGAGAAUCAAUGCAAUUCCUCCACCUUGACCGCCUUGGCCGAUAUAACAACUUUGAAGAAGUUAUGCAAUCAUCCAAAUUUGAUUUUUGAUAAAAUUGAAGCAAAAGAAAAUGGAUUUGAAAAUUCAGCGAAUGUUAUGCCCAGUAAUUACAAUACCAAAGUGUUUAAUCCAGAAUUAAGCGGUAAAUUUAUGCUAUUGGAUUUCAUGUUGGCAGCUAUAAAAGCUAAUAGUGAUGAUAAGGUGGUGUUAAUAUCGAACUAUACUCAAACAUUGGAUCUGUUUGAGCAGCUAGCAAGGAAGCGAAAAUAUCCUUACGUACGUUUGGAUGGUUCAAUGUCUAUUAAGAAACGGAGUAAAGUUGUGGAACAAUUUAAUGAUCCUAAUGUGGAAGGUUUUCUGUUUAUGUUAAGCUCGAAAGCAGGCGGUUGCGGUUUGAAUUUAAUCGGUGCUAAUCGUUUAUUUAUGUUCGAUCCGGACUGGAAUCCCGCUAACGACGAACAAGCUAUGGCUCGCGUCUGGCGAGACGGACAGAAAAAACCUUGUUUUAUCUAUCGUCUUGUGGCGACCGGUUCCAUUGAGGAGAAAAUCCUGCAGAGACAGACACACAAAAAGUCUUUAUCUAGUGCUAUAAUCGACAAUAACGAGAGCGAAGAGAAACAUUUCACCCGCGAUGAUCUUAAAGAUCUUUUCCGUUAUGAAACUGAAAUUUUAUCCGAUACACACAACAAAUUGAAAUGUAAACGGUGCUUUAAUAAUAUACAAACGCAAGUUCCUCCCACGGAUAGUGAUUGUACUUCUCAUUUGUCGCAAUGGUAUCAUUGUUCCAAUUGCAAGGGUUUGCCAGAUAGUAUUUUAUCGCAAGCUUGGCAAACUAGUAAAUGUGUAUCGUUUGUGUUUCAUCAUCGGUCCCAAGGAGAAUGUGAGAAAACUGAUGAUAAUAAGGAAAACAUUGAAAGUGAUACAAAAUCCGAAGGCCGCAAUAAUAUCAUAUAUGAUGACGAUAACGACGAAGAUUUUGCGGGUUACAAUGAUGAUUGCGACGAUCCCAAUGACAAAGAUUAUAAAUGAAUAGCAAAGUAAUCUUAGGCUUAUUAUUCCUUAUUUAUUACUUAUUUUCACUAUAAUAAUAAAUAUUUCAU